CAAGUCGCUGCAUGUUAAAAAGAUGGAGGGGAGGAUCAUUCCUCAGUCUGAGCUCAAUCCCUGCAGCAUUUCAAUACUCAAGACCUUCCAGUUCAUGACUAUCAAGCAGCUGUUCUCUUAGAUAAGACCUGCUAACCAUUACCUGCUUUGAGAUGUUGGUGCCAGUGGGUUUAUUUUUCUGUCUGCUUUCUCUGACAUCAGCGGCUACUGAAGUGGGUCUCGGUGGUAAAAUACUUUUUUUUCCAACCAAGACUGACUACAGUUAUGUUAAACUCACUCCUGAAAAGCGACUGAGUCUUUCAGCAUUAACUCUGUGCAUGCGUGUUGUGACAGAGCUCCCGGGCCAGAGGGAGAUCAUUCUGUUCGCCUACCGCACACAGAACUAUGACGAGCUCAACGUGUGGAGAGAGAAAGACGGCCGUGUGUCCUUCGACCUCAGCAACGAUAGAUUGACGACUGACCUGCCUCCUCUCUCCACUGUUGGGAACCACGUGUGCGUCACCUGGGAAUCUGCGACUGGUCUUUCUGCCUUCUGGGUGGAUGGACGUCGCAGCUCAUACCAGCUGUAUAAGAAAGGUCACUCAGUUCGUCCUGGUGGCACCGUCCUGCUCGGUCAAGACCCUGAUAACUACCUGGGUGGCUUUGAUAAGAAUCAGAGCUUUGUAGGAGAAAUUACAGAUGUGCACAUGUGGGAUUAUGUUCUCUCUGGCAGUCAGAUAAGAGCAGUUUAUGCAAACCAGAAACUGUCUGUGCCGAUGGGAAAUGUGUUCUACUGGAACACCAUCAAAUAUGAGAUUAAAGGAGAUGUACUAGUGGUGAAAGAUAACUGAUUC